AUGGGUCGUCGCAAAAUUGAGAUUGAGAUGGUGAAAGACCCCAAUACAAGACAAGUCACUUUCUCGAAACGUCGAACAGGCUUAUUCAAAAAAGCAAAUGAAUUAUCAAUUUUGUGUGGAGCUGAAGUGGCGAUUGUUGUGUUUUCUCCAGGUAACAAACCAUAUUCUUUUGGUCAUCCAGGAGUUGAUGUUGUUGCAGCCAACUAUCUCCAACAAGAGAAUAUAAAUAUAUCAAAUGAUUCUCAAAGAAACGCCUCUUUUGAUGCUCCCACUAUGGAAAAUUUGAAUCAAGAACUUAAUGAGGUAUUAGCCCAAAUUCGGGAAAGUGAAAAACAAAUUGAGAAAUAUGAUGAGAUUUUGAAGAAAAAUGAUGUGAAAAAACUCUUUGAACUUGAAGUAUUGAAAGAUUCAUAUAAACAAUUUCAAGAUUUGGUGAAAUUACGUCUUAGUGAUCUUAAAAUAUCAGAAUAUUUGAUGCUUCUUGCUAAAGAUCCCGUGGUAGGAGUAAAGGCGAAACCUGCAAGAAAGAAAAGAAGAAAAAAUUAA